GCCAGCUCUGGUUCUUCACUUCCCAAUUCCCACACCCUCAAAUACAAAUUAAGUGUAUCCAACCCCAAAUUACUUAUCCCAAAAACCCACAAUGUUGCCGAAAACCAUGACCGAGAUGUGGGCAACCGUGGGCUCCAGCAUAGCCAACAUCAUGUUUGUGUGGACAAUCUUUCAACAAUAUUGCCCUUACAACCUUCGCCAAUUCUUUGAUAAAUAUACAAGCAUAAUCACCGGCUACUUUAAUCCCUACAUUCAGAUUUCUUUUCCUGAGGGCUCAGACGAUAUUUGGUCCAAGCGUAGUAAAGCCUAUGCAACUGUUGAGACAUAUCUAAGCGCCAAAGCUUCCGACAAAGCUAAACGACUCAAAGCUGAGUUGGGGAGAGAUAGCAGCAAGCUGGUGUUGAGUAUGGAUGUGCAUCAGAGAGUUACCGAUGAGUUUCGUGGCGUUAAGAUUUGGUGGGCAUCAAACAGAGUUUUCAUAUCAACAAGAUCUUUAUAUUUUCCGGAGCAGGAAAAGAUGUCCUACAGUCUCACGUUUCAUAAGAAGUACCGAGCCAUGAUCACUGAGUCAUAUCUAGAGCAUGUUAUGAAGGAAGGGACGCAAAUUGGAAUAAAGAAUCGGCAGAGGAAGCUCUACACGAAUUGUCCUACUGAAAAGUGGCCAAGCUACAAGCAGAGAUCGUGGAGCAGCGUCGUUUUUGAGCAUCCAGCUACCUUUGAAACAAUGGGUAUGGAUCCAGAGAAGAAGCAGGAGAUUGUUGAUGAUUUGUUGAAUUUCAGUAAGAGUAAGGACUUCUAUGCAAAGAUUGGGAAAGCAUGGAAAAGGGGUUAUCUUCUCUAUGGCCCUCCUGGGACAGGGAAGUCAACGAUGAUUGCUGCAAUGGCAAACCUGUUGGACUAUGAUGUCUACGAUCUUGAGCUUACAGCAGUGAAGGACAACACCGAGUUGAGGAAGCUUUUGAUCGAGACUACUAGUAAGUCUAUGAUCGUGAUCGAGGACAUUGACUGCUCACUCGAUCUUACUGGUCAGAGGAAGAAGAAAAAAAAUAAAUCUUCAGAGGAUGAUGAUCAGAGUGCGAUUCCCAUUAAAGAUUUUCAGGAAGAGGAGAAAAGCAACAAAGUCACACUUUCAGGGCUGUUGAAUUUCGUCGAUGGACUGUGGUUUGCUUGUGGGGGAGAGAGGCUGAUUAUUUUUACUACAAACUAUUUGGAGAAGCUGGAUCCGGCACUUAUAAGGAGAGGUAGAAUGGACAAGCAUAUUGAGCUCUCUUACUGCAGUUUUGAGGCAUUCAAGGUGCUUGCAAAGAAGUACCUGGAUCUUGAAAUCCAUCAGAAGUUUGACACAAUACAGAGGUUGAUGGGGGAGACCAAGAUCACACCUGCUGAUGUUGCAGAGAACCUUAUGCCAAAGUCCUCAUCUGAUGAUGCAGAUAAAUGCCUAUCGAACUUGAUACAGGCUCUUGAGCAAUCGAAGGAAGAAGCAGCAAAGAAGAAAGCUGAAGAGGAAGAAGAAUCAAAGAAAAAAGAUGAAGACUUGAAGGUGAAAGAGGAAGAAGCAGCAAAGAAGAAAGAUGAAGAGUCGAAGGUGAAAGAGGAAGAAGAAGCAAAGAAGAAAGAUGGAGAUCUGAAAGUGAGAGAAUGAACCAAGAUGUUACUUGAUUUAUGACAAAGUAGUCAAUUUAAAAUAAAAAGAACCAUC